UCUCAUCCUUGGGGGACAACAACCCAGAAUAGGUCUCGUCCGAGCCCACCACGCACUCCGUGCAACCCCAGCGCCGGGGGAUCAGCCACGUGAUAUCAUCUGCUGCUUGGAUAACUUUAACCUCAAGGAAGAGAUUCUACGCAACGCCCGCCGAAUUGGCCACAUCAGGCUGGAUGACCAAGUAGUGACGGUCUACCAAGACCUCUCCCGCUAUACACUGCAAGCCAGGAAGACCCUCCGACCAGUAACAGCAGCACUCCAGGCAGCGG